AAAAUUUAAAAAAUAUUUCUGUAUGUUUUCAAGUCAUGGACAUCAAAGCUCUUCUUCUCGGCAUACAAAUAAUCGCUUGAGUUUAUCUGUCACACCGGCCUUUCCAAUUUUUAUUUCGUCUGAUAUUGCAUUUAUUAAAGAAAACACAAUCACUCAAUCAACUCGAACUCGUUCUAAUUCCUUUUUACUGGCUGAAGAUCUAAGCCCUGAAGUCCAACCCAAAAUAUUUGAUGCAACAUCUGAUAAUUUGGUUUGGGAUAAUUUGUCUCUGAUUUCAAAUGAAUCGGCAAUCUCUGCUGGAAGCGGGGUUGAAAAGAGUGUGGAAAGACAACCAAUUGAUGAACAAAAAGUUUGUCUUCAACUUAGCGAUUAUCUAAUUGAAUCUAUGGAAGAACUUCAAUGGAAAGAAAUGACUGCAAAUAUUGAUUUUGAUGAGGAAGUAGAUCCCUGUUUAUAUCUCAAACAAUUUAAUAUUCUGAGGAGUAAUUCUAUUUCAAAUAAAUCAGAAACUGGUUCGAAAUCCUCUUUUGAUUAUAAACUUGAGGAGGGCCGUUCCUUUUUUUAUUUUGAAAAUUCACAAGAAGAAUGUUCACAGAAGCCUGGAACUUCAAGAUAUAGAAUUAUCACUUUUUGAUAACACAAACAAUUUGGGACAACCUUCAACUUCCUAUAUUUCCCAUUCACCAAAAUCUUCGAAUUCGACGAGACAACAAAAAUGUGAUGAAAUAGAAGAAAGAGAUUAUUCA